AUUAUUAUUAUUAUUACUAUUUAUCUAUAUCAAUGUCAAAUUGUCAAUUUAUAAAAAAAAAAAAUCAAUUAUAAUAUUAUAUCUACCUAUAAAAGUUGUUAAAAAAUAUUUAAUUACAUACAACUCUUUGCUUUAAAAAAAAAAAAAAAAAAACAACAACAACAACAACAACAAUAAUAAUAAUAAAUAAAUAGUUAUGAUUUUAAUAUAAUUAAUAAAAUCAAUCUAUUAUUAUUAUAUUAAUUAACAAAAAUCUAUAGGUAUAUAUAUUGUACAUGGCAGCUACACCUACUUUGUUGGUCAUAUGAGUCAUUAAAAGAAGAAAAAAAAAAAAAAAACAUGACAAGUAUCAGUGAGACAAGCUCUAUGCCAAAAACAAAAAAACCAUCAGAUAGUGCCUUUAAACAGCAACGUCUUCCAGCAUGGCAACCAAUAUUGACAGCAGGCACCGUUUUACCAACUUUUUUUUUAAUUGGUCUUGCAUUUAUACCACUUGGAAUUGGUCUAUUACAUUAUACAAGUAAAGUCAAAGAAUUUUCUUAUGAUUAUACAAAUUGUACAAAUAAAAAUAAUACACCAUGUUCAGAAGUUAUUGCCAAUAAAUCAAAUGGCCAAGAAAUAUGUCAAUGUGAUAUACCAAUUAAUUUAACUGAAUUUGAUGGAAAUGUAUUUAUAUAUUAUGGUUUAACAAAUUUUUAUCAAAAUCAUCGUAGAUAUGUUAAAUCAAGAGAUGACUAUCAAUUAUUGGGUAAAUUGAGUAAUAUUGUAUCAAGUGAUUGUGAGCCAUUUGCAUAUGAUGAUAAUGAUAAUAAUAAACCAAUAGCACCAUGUGGAGCUAUUGCAAAUUCAUUAUUUAGUGAUAAAAUAAGUCUUAAUUAUAUUGAUGAUAAAAAUAAUAAAGAAAUUGAGGUACCACUUAUUAAAACUGGCAUUGCUUGGCCAUCUGAUAAAAAUAUUAAAUUUAAAAAUCCACAAGGAUCAUCAUCAUUGCAAGAAGCAUUUAAAGGUUUUUCAAGGCCAAAAAAUUGGACAAAAAAUAUAUGGGAAUUGGAUACUGAUGAUGAAUCAAAUAAUGGAUUUCAAAAUGAAGAUUUAAUUGUCUGGAUGAGAACAGCUGCAUUGCCAACAUUUAGAAAACUUUAUCGUCUUGUUAAUCAUACUGAAGGCACACCAUUUGCUCAGGGUUUAAGAAAAGGCUCUUAUCGUCUACUUAUUGAUUACACAUACAGAGUUACUGAAUUUGAAGGUACAAAAAGAGUAAUAAUCAGUACAACUUCAUUACUUGGUGGUAAAAAUAAUUUUCUUGGAAUAGCAUAUAUUGUUGUUGGAUGUGUUUGCAUUGUUUUGGGUAUUGUUCUUUUGAUAAUACACAUAAAAUGUUCAAAAAGUGUAAAUGAAAUGAUAAAUGUUAAUCAAAAUACACCUUAUCAAUAAAUAAAAAUUACACAUAUGUACACACAAGUCAAUGGAUGAGCAUCAGACUAAAAAAUAAAAUAUACAGCACCAAUUUAAAAUUA